AUGAUGUUCUCCGCCCGCAUUCUCGCUCUCGCUCUCUUCACGACUACGGCCAUCGCUGCACCACUAUGCACGAAACGAACCUAUAACGGUAUUACGCCCGCCCAGCUCAUCCAGAUCGCGCCCGAGAUGGCAGCAUGCAACGCUACCGCACCCUUCCCAGAGGAAUGCAGAGAUGCUAAACAGUCCGCCCCCUUCGUCAACCAAGGCUUCGAGGACUACGCCAUCACCAGCAAGGGAGAGAAAGCAGCGAUCUUGAGUCUCAUGCUCUUCGAAAGCGGAAACUUCAAAUUUGAUAUCAACCAUUUCCCUGGAAGACCGGGCCAGGGAACGAGGAACUUGAUGACAUUCCCCUUCGUUCAUCAGUAUGCUGUCGAUACUCCCUCGACCUCUGCGCAAGCACUCGCUCUUGCUCCAAAUGCGUCCGAUCCCUCCAUCUCCAACGACACGAUGAAUGCUGUCCGCGCCCUCGUAUUGGAGGACCGCCUCAGCUUUGCCAGCGGGAUGUGGUUCUACAAAGCCAGCGGUCCAGAGAAGAUCGGGUGCACGGGGAACUCGACACUCGUCGAAGGUCUGAAAGCCGAGACAGAGCAGGGAUGGGCGGAUUAUAUCACCAAUUGCAUCUUUACCACCGUCACCGAUGAGAGGAAGGCUGUUUGGCAGAAGACGCUCGCUGCCAUAUAA